AUGCACGAGGAAUACUCUUUGCAGCCACGCAUUUCGGUCGUCGGCGCUGGACAUGUUGGCUGUGCUCUAGCUUUCGACCUCGCUGAGCGUGGCUAUGACGUUACUAUUCGAACACUACCUGGCCAUGACGGAUAUUCUUCUCAGGUAUCAGCCAAUGGUGGAAUGCUAACUGCUAAUGGUGCCCUUAGUGGCUGUGUUCAUGUUGGCGUCGGUGAUGGCUUCUCAGAGUUGUCGGAGAGGUACAUGUUUAUCACUGUCCCGUCUCAGGGUCACGAUGCAGUAUUGAUGGAGCUAUCCACUAUCGAUCUCCUUCAUUGCACAAUUAUCUUUAUCAACGGAAAUGGAAUAGGUCUAAAGGCUAGCAAAUACCUAAACGCAAGGCGAAUCAUGGAUACGGCGACGUCCCCCUACAGCUCUCGUGUCAACGCCGAUGGGACCAUCAGUAUCCGCGGAAUCAAGGCUAAGGUGCAGCUAGCUGCUCUACCUUUAGUCACGGAAAGAAGAGAGAGGGAUGAAAUUGACAGUCUUUUCCGUAUGCCCCUUACCUGGAGUUCAAACCUCCUUGAGAUUUUCUUCACUGGCUUGAACGGCGUCAUUCAUGCCCCAGCAGCGCUCAUGAAUUUUGGAUGGAUUGAAUCGACCAAAGGCGACUUUUAUUUUUAUAAACAAGGUAUGAGUCCCGGAGUGUGUAGCAUUAUCGAAGCUGCCGACCGUGAACGACUUGCUGUUGCAGCCGCGUACGGAUGUCCUGUCGAUUCUGCAUUGACUACAUUUAACCGCAACUAUUGCACGAACGCUGCAUCGCUCCACGAAUUUGCAAGCAUAACAGUGGCUCACAACAAAACCAAGGGGGUUCAAACGAGAUUUCUAGACCAGGAUGUCCCAUAUUGGCUUGUCUUUUGCUCGGAACUGGGUAGACAAGCCAGCGUCCCUACACCAUUCCUCGAUCUUAUUAUUCUCUUGGCUUCUACAAUUCGUGGGGUCCCAUUUAGAAUUGUUGGUCGAACACUAAAGUCGAUGGGUUUACAGGGAUUGUCUCAUGAGUCAAUCUACAACGUAUUUCAAGGGACAGUUCUUGUUUAA